UAUUCAAAAGCAGCACGUGAAUAAAGGAAAUUCUCAAAUUUAAAGAAAGCUUUUCUUCAAGUGUACGAAAUUCUGCAAUCUCCAUUUAUCAGGAUCCUCGAUUCAACGGAGAUGAAUAUCUAUUUUGGUGCUCCUUUCCUCAUUCUAGCGAUUUACUUCAAUUUAAUUGAAUUAAGUUCACAGUACAAUACCGAAGUUCUUAAGAAAGGCCAUUUAAAACUUCCAGAUAACAAGAGCAUCUAUUACAUUAAAAAGAAUAAUAAAAAGGUAGAGAUAAAGAAUGGUAAAAAUCGAGAAACUGAUGGAUUAUUAGACAAGCAUACACUGGUUUGCGCAUUUGAAAAAGUUGGGAAAAAAAUUUUGGUGCAUAAAUUAAUGGUUAAUGACAAACAAGUUAAGUCGAACAUUACCGAUUAUACCGUGUGGAGUGAUGAGGACACAGAAUUAUACGAGAUCUAUUUCGAGGAAUAUCUUUAAAAUAAUCAUUGAAAUUCCCGCCUCUACUGCACCUUCUUUUAUCUUGACACCUGCCUCGCUAAGAAAAAACAAUAGUUCCUUUUUUCCCGCUGAGAUAUAUUACAAAAAAAAGCGGGCCUUUUUCACGGAGCACGACUGUCAUUGGGCGGACGCUUUGUCCUUUGGGCUUUUUGU